AUGGGUAUCUCCAGUUUAGGUAGUUUGACUAAUUAUAUUGAGCUAAUUUCUCUGCCUUCACAAAAUGCCGAAAUUUCAACUUUUGAUAUUGUUGGACCUGUUUGCGAAUCUGCAGACUUUUUAGGCAAGGACAGAGAACUGCCAACACCAUCCAAGGGAGCAGGACUGGUGGUCCAUGAUGCAGGUGCUUAUUGCAUGAGCAUGGCAUCGACUUACAACUUAAAAAUGCGUCCGGCUGAAUAUUGGGUUGAAGAUGAUGGAUCAGUAAAAAAGAUACGAAAUGCUGAAACAAUUGAUGAUCAUCUGCGUUACUUUGAAGGGCUAUGA